AUGGACAAGGACUCUCAUUGGAAAGAUAGAGUUAGAAUAUAUGUCUCUUCAAAUGAUCAUCAAGCAUGGAUAGUAAUCAAGACGGGUCCGAAGCGUAUUCCAGGAUUGACUGAAAAAGAUGACACUGAAAAGCCAUUUGAUUCCGAAUCAUUUGAUAUCACUAAGGAACAACAAGAGUUAGAAACAUCUGAAGAUGAUCAUGAUGAAACCGCCAACAUAUGUUUCACUGGACUGGGUGAAGCAAGUGAGAAAGUCAUUAAUGAAUACAACAAGAUUGCUCAAGAAAAGAAAGUAUGCAAGCAGAUCAGAUGCAAGAAGAAACCCUGGUGUUCCUUUCGAGCCAGGCCAACUCUAACUGCUUAUUAUCAUGAUGAAGCUAGUCUGAAACAAGAAAAGUCUUUUGAACCAAGGCCAACUGCAACUUCUUAUCACGAUAAUGAAGUUGGUCUUAAAGAAAAAAAGUUUUUUGAACCAAGACCGACAUUAGCUGCUUACUAUCAUGAUGGUGCUAGUCUCGAACAAGAAAAAUCAUCCUUUACUAAAGAUUUUGAACCAAGGCCGACUUUAACUUCUUAUCGUGAUGAUGAAGUCAGUCUUAAAGAAGAAAACUCUUUUAAACCAAGGCCGACUUUAACUUCUUACCAUCAUGGUGAUGUUGGCCUCAAACAAGUAAAAUCAUCUUUUACUAAAGAUUUUGAGCCAAGGCCCAUUUUAACUUCUUACCAUGAUAAUGAAGUUAGUCUUGAAGAAGAAAGGUCUUUUGAACCAAGGCCGACUUUAACUGCUUACUAUCAUGGUGAUGUUGGCCUCAAACAAGUAAAAUCAUCUUUUACUAAAGAUUUUGAGCCAAGGCCCACUUUAACUUCUUACCAUGAUAAUGAAGUUAGUCUUGAAGAAGAAAGGUCUUUUGAACCAAGGCCGACUUUAACUGCUUACUAUCAUGGUGAUGUUGGCCUCAGACAAGUAAAAUCAUCUUUUACUAAAGAUUUUGAGCCAAGGCCCACUUUAACUUCAUACCAUGAUAAUGAAGUUAGUCUUGAAGAAUAA